CUUGCAAAAUCAAUCUUUCACAUACAACACAAAUAUAAAAGAAAAGCCCAUACGGUUCCUUCCUCUCUUCAAAGUUGCCUUAUUAUAUCAUCCAACUCAAGAAAACAACAAACUAAAAGAGAGAGUAAAGCAAAAAACAAAAAAAAAAACAAGAAAAUCAAGAUCAGAGGUAGUAGAGAUGACACAGAUGCUUUCUGUAAUCCGUCGUAACCUUCAAAACCUUCGCAAGAGCCCUCGCGUAGCGGACGAGACUGACUUGCAGCCUUCCACUGCAGGGUCCGGACAGGGAGGUGGAGGUGGAGGUGGAGGAGGAGUUGUAACUCAUGGAAGACGAGACGGUUUUAAUGCGGUGAUCAUGCGGUUUCCUUUCUCGAUCAUCUCUUGCUUCGCGGUACCGAGUGUUAAUGGGACUGAUGGACUAUGGAUGUCCGGAGAUUAUGGUAGUGUCUCGGAGGUUAACAAUCUUAUGGUUAGUGAUGGCAUGAGAUAUGCCAUUUUAAUGUAAUUUUUAACCAAAUAUGUUUAUUAUUUUUACCUUCUUUUUUUUUCGUACGUCUCUCUACAAAUAUAAUUAAUUAAUCUUAUGAUCAGUCUUGCUAGUGUGUGUUAAAUAUAUGAGAUGUAGAACAAGUUUUGUUCUUGUAUAGAUAUAUAGAUGAAGAUUUUGUAAUUUGUAGCAUGCUUCUUAUUUUUAUUUUCCCCA